UUCUCUCAAGUUCCCUCCCUUGUUCAGUACUUUGUCCUGAUCAAUUUGAUUCCAAAACAAAAACAACAAGAAGAAAGUUUCUGUUUUGGUUGAUCAAAUUAGUUAAUAAUAAUAAUCUAGGGAAACAACCAUGUUUAGCAGCGUGCAAUCAAAGAGAACACGCGAUUUUUGGAAAGCAGGCUUAAUAGCAGCCUCAAGAACAGCUUUGGCUUGCAUAAUAGUAGGGUGCAUAACCCUUUAUGGGCCUAGCUCUCUUCAAAAACAAGUAACAUUUCCUGCAUUUUCUUAUGUUGUUAUGAUACUUAUCAUAACCAAUGCAACCUUAGGGGACACUAUUCGUGGUCUUUGGCUUGCUUUUUAUGCAACUCUUCAAACAGUUUGUCCUGCUAUCCUCGUUUUCUGGAUGAUAGGAGGACCAACUAGUCUAACUGUGGCUUCUACCUCCUUGGUUUUAGCUAUUGCUGCUUUCUUUAUUGCCUUACCUAAAUCUACCCAUGUUGUGGCUAAAAGGAUUGCUUUAGGCCAACUUGUUAUCAUUUAUGUUGUUGGUUUUAUCAAUGCUGAACAAUAUGAUCCUAUCAUGCAUCCUCUUCAUGUUGCUGCUAGCACCGCCGUUGGUGCCUUUGCUUGUGUAUUGGCUAUGCUCUUUCCCUACCCUCACCUUGCUUCCUCUCAGGUGAAAAAUAACAGCAAGUUAUUUGCAGAAAACGCGUCUCAGAGGCUAAAGCUGUUUGUCAAGGCAUUUUGUGCUCAAGACUUUACAUCUACACAAGCAUUAAUCUCUCAAACCAGAAGCUUGGCUGGUAAAGCCAAUAAGUUUAUCCAAUGCAUCAAAUCCAAACAAGAAAGCAUGCAGUGGGAGAGGUAUCCCUUACAGUUUCUUAUAUCUUAUUGCAAGAACCCAGGGGACCGAUUUCAGGAACUAGAGACGCCAUUAAGAGGGAUGGAAAUCGCGUUAGGCAACUCACAAGUUCCUGUUCCGAUAAUGGAUGAAAGAUUGAAAGAUGGUAUGGACAGAGUAGAAGGAGAAAUAAGCCAAAAUUUACAUCAACUUAGGAGUCAUAUGCCUUGUGAUACACCAACUGUCCCAGAAUCUACUCAUGGACAAGUUAUGGGCUUCCUUCAAAAACUCGAAACACCUCCAUUAAAUGAGACAGAUUUACCCUCUUAUUUCUUCUUCUUCUGUAUGAAACUCCUACACUCUCAAACAAGAGCUAUGACCAUUCCUCAAAAUCCAAAAAAAAUUGAGAAAAAAAACCCUCAAAAAGAGAAUCAACAACAAUCAAACAAGACCAUAGAAAAUCAAAAUGGGCUUUCUUUGAAAGGGAUUUGGGCUAACUGGCCCACUUACCUUAGUAAAGAAAGGAUUACUAUUGGAAUAAAUUGUUCACUCUCGUUGGGGUUUGCAGUGUUAUUUGGGCUUUAUUACAGUAAGCCCAGUGGGUUCUGGUCUGGGUUACCUGUAGCUGUGAGUUUUGCAGCAGCUAGGGAAGCUACAUUUAAAGUUGCCAAUGUUAAAUUCCAAGGGACAGUGAUUGGGAAUGUAUAUGGAGUGUUAGGUUGUUUCAUUUUCGAGCGAUUAGUACAGAUUAGGUUCGUAUCUCUUCUACCUUGGUUCAUUUUUACCAGUUUUCUUCAGCAAAGCAAGAUGUAUGGGCAAGCAGGUGCUGUUUCUGCAGUUAUUGGAGCAAUUCUGAUAUUGGGCCGAAGAAAUUUCGGCCCACCAUCAGACUUUGCUAUAGCAAGAAUUGUGGAAACCUUCAUUGGUUUGUCAUGUUCUAUUGUGAUUGAUUUGUUGUUACACCCAACAAGAGGUGCCACCCUAGCCAAAGUUGAGCUUACCAAAACUCUAGGCGCACUUGAGGAUUCCCUCUCCUCCAUUGAUCUCCUUACAACCUCCAAAGCCGAGUUAAUUGAGAAGGCGAAAAACAUCAAAGUUCGAGUAAAUGAGCUAGACAAAUAUGUUGGUGAAGCUGAUACAGAACCCAAUUUUUGGUUUUUACCUUUUCGAGCUCCUUGUUAUAGGAAGUUGAUGGGUCCUUUCGCGAAAAUGGGUGAUCUUUUGCUUUUCACAGCCCAUGCUAUUGGAUUCCUAGAAGAGCAAAUCCAAACACUGGAAUCAGAAAAGAUAAAUGAUGUUGUUAGGCAUGUUGUUAAAAUGACAGCCACUUCAAUGAAAUCUUUCCAAGAGGUUGCUUCUAUCAAGUCCUUGAUCGUACUCGAAAAGGACCUUACUAAAAGUGGUAAAACAUGUGAUCUUGAGUUGGGAAAAUCGGCUAAUUUUCCAUUGUUGAACUUGGGUGAGAAAGAUAUGGAGAAAAUCAUAGUGUCAUACCUGGAUCAUUCCAAGGAAGCAUUCGAAAAGAUCGAGUUUCCUCAAGGAGAUGAAGAGAUCAAGAGUCAGACAGUAAUGAGUCUAAGUGCAAUUGGAUUUUGCUUGAGCUCUUUGAUGAAGGAAACAAAAGAGAUUGAGAAAGGAAUCAAGGAACUUGUUCAGUUGGAAAACCCCACAAGUCAAAUAAAUCUGCAUGAAAUUUCAUGUAAAAUUCAUGCAUUAUACGAUUGAUUUUACUUAAAUAAAACUUCUUCUUAUUGUGAAAUAAUCAUGUCAAGUUAUUGAUAUUUCAAGUACAUUAUUCAAAUGUAUCAUCUAAACCCUUUUUUAUUUUAUUUUUAUUUUUCCUUGUAUAAAAAAUGAUUUUCUAUAGAAUCAUUGUUAAACCAUGAAAUUAGAGUGUAAAAUUUCGAUCGAGUACGUUUUGCUAACUCUAAUAUCAUACAAU